UUUCUGCAGGACGCGCCGGAUUGGGAUCACACUCGCUCCUGUGGUUCUCACGACGCUGUUUCGGAUGCGGAUCUUUUGUCCUUCCCCCCUCUGUAUCCGGAUUAGAGCUUUUUCCAAAGGGCGAAGCUAGAGUAGCGUCCUCCCCACUAUAAUAUUUCUUCUUCUUUUUUAAAGAUUUCUUUUAAACCUCCGGUUCCCUUUCUCCUCAUCACAUCCAUCUGUGAUGCCUUCCCGGGCGGGAGAAAAUUGGCUAGGGGCGUGGGACAGCUCCCAAGCCCACAUUUCAAGGCGCUAGGCAGCAUUGAGGAGAGAAGAGCGCCUGACACUUCGAUUUUUUUUUCUAUUAUUUGUUAUUUUUUCGAGCGAAAGAAAAAUAGGUUUCUCCUCUCGAGGACUUCAGCACCCCAAAUCCCGGUUUUUCCUCUCCUUUCGGUCCUGUCUCGAUUGGGUCUUUAGCGCAAGCCUCCCUUUGGGCUUAAAAAAGAAGAAUUUUUUUUUCGGGGAGGGGGGUUCUUUUCGGAAAAGAGACCCCCCCGCCUUCCCAAAUCGACCGUUUUCACCUUCCUGAAGGUUGAAGCCGACGGACAGAUCGCGCGUGGCGUGGCCAGGAAGAUCUUCGGGACUGCCAUGGUUUCAAGAUCCUGAGACAAAAGUUUUCAAGCGUUGUGCGUUCCACUUUUAAACCCGCUGAGUCUUUGAGUUGAUUGAUCGGCAAGAUGACUUCCAAUUGGAAGAGAUGGGCCAUCAUGGUGCUGCUUCUUCCCGUGGCUGCAUCCAUGCAUUCAAACUGUUUCAUCAAGAAGGAACAAGAAGCGUGUUUAGACACCAUCCAGAAACUGACGGCUACUAUGACCGUCAAUGGAUCAACCCCAGGUUGCGCCGGGAUGUGGGAUAACAUCACUUGCUGGAAACCAGCUUUGUUGGGUGAAGUUGUUUUUGUCAAAUGCCCGGCUCUCUUCACCUUGGUGAACUUAGAUUAUGGCUGGGAUAUGAAUACCAUGGCGUAUGCACAGCCAGGGGAGCUUGAAAUGUUUGAGAAUCCAGAGCUGCUUCAAGACGGAUCGGUAGAUUUUAAGUUGGUCAGCAGGAACUGCACCCUGGAAGGCUGGUCUGAACCAUUCCCACAUUAUUACGAUGCCUGCGGAUUUGAUGAGAACGACACCAUGACAGGGAACGGCCAGGCUUACUACUACCUCUCUGUCAAGGCUUUGUAUACAGUCGGCUACAGUACAUCCCUUGUUUCGCUCACCACCGCCAUGGUGAUCUUGUGCCGUUUCAGGAAACUGCAUUGCACCCGGAAUUUUAUUCAUAUGAAUCUUUUUGUUUCGUUCAUUCUGCGCGCCAUUUCGGUCUUCAUUAAAGACGGGAUCCUCUAUGCUGAACAAGACAGCAACCACUGUCUUAUCUCAACGGUGGAAUGCAAGGCGGUGAUGGUCUUCUUCCACUACUGUGUGAUGUCCAACUAUUUCUGGCUUUUCAUUGAGGGGCUGUACCUCUUUACGUUACUUGUGGAAACCUUCUUUCCAGAGAGGAGAUACUUCUACUGGUACACUAUCAUUGGCUGGGGAACUCCAACCAUUUGUGUCACAGUCUGGGCUGUCCUUCGGCUUCACUUCAAUGAUGUUGGAUGUUGGGACAUAAACGACAACACGGCUUUAUGGUGGGUGAUCAAAGGUCCAGUUGUGGCGUCCAUAAUGAUCAAUUUUUUGCUUUUCGUUGGCAUCAUUAUCAUCUUGGUUCAGAAGCUCCAGUCACCAGACAUUGGCGGCAAUGAAUCCAGUAUCUACUUCAGCUGCGUUCAGAAAUGCUACUGUAAGUCCGAGAGGACUAACCAGCAUUCUUGUAGGAUGGCUGAACUAUCCAUCAUCACCCUGCGGUUGGCCCGAUCCACCUUGUUACUCAUCCCUCUCUUUGGGAUUCACUAUACGGUGUUUGCCUUUUAUCCAGAGAAUGUCAGCAAAAGGGAGCGCUUGGUUUUUGAACUAGGGCUGGGCUCCUUCCAGGGUUUUGUGGUGGCUGUGCUCUACUGCUUUUUGAAUGGGGAGUUUCUCCCUCAAGGUGCAAUCCGAAAUCAAAAGAAAAUGGCGGAGCUGGAAAGUCAACCGUUAUUUUGCUGUGGAUUUCAAACACCGCCAUCCCUCCCUGGCGAGUAGCGGUGUCAACGGGGGGACUCAACUGUCUAUCUUGAGCAAGAGCAGUUCACAGAUCCGGAUGUCCAGCGUCCACGCCGAGAACUUGGCCACAUGAGCCCGUAAGACCCCCACGUCAUCUCCCACCACGCCCUCCCAAAGAGAGAAAGAAUGACGAACCCUACUUUGGACACCACGAAAAUUAGUCCUAAGUAGGGUAGCGUUCGGGCUGUUACGUCCAUCUGCCUUUUUAAAAAAAACAAAAACAAAUCCACCUCCCUUUGAUGGAAAGUUUCUGGAGUUCUGAAGCUUUGUCAUCUCUGAUGGGUGGAAGAGAAGAUCCAUAAAGCCGUUCCAUCUAGAGGAACGAGGUUCUCCAGACCAGGACCACCUUGAUCUACCCUUUGUCCCAAGAGUUCAAACCCUCCCAUUGCCUUCCAUUCUUCAUUUCCCUGGUACCAUUGACAAAUUUUGGGGGUCCUCCAAACUGAGGGCCAUGAAUUAACAUCUCAUGAAGUUGGGUUGUCUGUGCCUCACGUCCAAACACUUCUGAUCCCACCAUCUUGGACCAUCGGUGUCCUAUUCCGGGACCGAGAAUGUCAUGCAAACACUGAGCCACGGGGUGACCCCCAUUGGUGGUGGGCAUUGUGGGUGCAGAGAUGGAUCCUACCAGAAUUGAUUGAGACCACCAUAACCACCUCAUUCCUCGGAUAGAAAACCCCCAACCCUACAAGUGGAGGGUCUCAGAUUUUUCCCUCUUCUGGGAAAAGAUCUGAAUUAUUAUUUUUUUCUUAAGCUGUGAAUCUCCUAAAACGGCCAUCUCUGUACAAUAGAGUUAUAUUUUUGGAGACUUUUUUUCUUUCUUGUUUUUUUUUUUUAAAUAAUAGAACUAAUAUGGAGAUAGAAUAAUAUGUAUUUCCGCACAUUAAGUGCCGAUUAAUUGCAGAAAUAUCUUUUCUUUCAAACUUCUGAUGCGACCCCUUAACAUGGCUACUGAGUCACGGAAAAUAGAGUGAGGGGAUGAACUUUGGAGGGCUGAUUUGACUUUCAAAAGGUGGGUGGGGGUGUUGUCAAGGCAAGGUUCACCCCAAAAGGGUAGAUGGGUUAUGUAGUUGGAAGAGGGGAUCUAUUCUGGAGGUCUUAAGAGAGCCAACUGCCCUCCCUUCCUUCCUUUUCUUCCUUCUUUUCUUUCUUCCUCCCUUCUUCCUUUCCUCCCUCUCUUCUUUCCUUUCCCUCUUCCCUUUCUCCUUCCUUCCUUCCUUGUUUCUUUCUUUUUC